AUGGCGGUUUCCGUCGUACUUUGGACUUUAUUUAUGACUUUUUGGUGUAUUAUUGAUGUCAGUUGGGGACAGAGAAUCACUCCCCCACCCCCAGGAAAUCUACCUGUAGUGUCGGAUGGCAUUGUUUACAAUCUUUAUCACAUCCCAGCAGUAUGUAGGGAACCGCGCGUGCUUGAUCCUGAUGAAAUCAAAUUUGGGAUGGUUAUUAAGGGCUCGAAAAAAGCGUUGAUGAGAGACCGAAGUCCAUACAAAGUGUACGGAAACAUCGAACUGGAUAGCAAAUCGUGUCUGUAUAUCGAACCAGGGACGACAUUUCACUUCGGAUCAGGAUAUGGAAUGAUAAUCAACGGUACUUUAAUAGCGAGGGGAAGUGAAAGACCUGGUGGACGGAUCACUAUGACGAAAGAUCCAGAAGGAAUUAAUAUCAUCGGAAGUAGCUCCCCUUUCCCAACAACAGCUCGACUGGUAGAUGGAAACACAACGCGGGAUGGCAAAUUGGAACUGUACUACAAAGGACAAUGGAGAGGUGUUUGCACUAAUUAUCUCAAUUACACCCAAAUUGACGCCAAUGUGACAUGUAAACACCUUGGAUUUGUAUGGGGCAACUUUACCUACCAUUCAUUUUCGCGCAACAAAACAGAGUACAUGUUUUACCCGCGCCCUGAAUGCAGCGGGACAGAAACAGACCUCUUGGACUGCCCAGGUCAUAACCGUAUCAACGUUGGCACUCAUAUUUGUGAUGGACAACAGCUGAUUGGAUUUGAAUGUAUAGGUAUGAGAUCUGAUCUAGCACAGGAUUACUGGCGUGGACUAGAGUUUUAUAACUCAACGGUAGAAUCAAUUAAGGAAGGCAUCAUCAUUCGUGAUGAACCAUUGUCCUGGUUAGAAUACCUUGACAUAUCCUAUGCCGGGCGAGAUAUUAGUAGAAAUGAUGGCAUGAUACACGGUCGGGCCAGCAUCAGUGCCAGCCCUAGUGUUCCACUGAUGAACAAUGUAACCAUCAGUCACGGAGCUUACGAUGGUCUAAACAUGACAGAAAUAACUGGCCGGAUACAUAUAGCCAACAGCACCAUAUCAAACAACAGAGGUUAUGGUGCGUUUAUCCAGAGUAAUGUCGGCAAAGUGUUGAUCAAUAUGACAGACAUGAACAACAAUUGGGGUGAUGGAGUGAAGAUGUACAUGACCAACUUCACAAUCCAUGAUUGGGACCGGGAUUUUCCUGCAGACAAGUCCUUUUGCCGGUCAGCGAGCCUGUUGUACCAGACCUACCCAGUUCUCAUACAUGAAAAUAUUAUUGAUGACUAUGGGAAUAAACCAGAAUGGGAUGGACGGGAUUGUAAAAGGGUAAGGGCUCAAAGUACUAUAUUCCGUGGACAUGGAAUGAGAAUCACAGCCCACUUCCUGUUGAUGGAGAGAGCGCCCUCUGUGUCUGGUUUUAUGACUGUAUAUGAUGGAGAAGAGAAGAAUGGAAAAAUAUUACAAACAUUUCCUUUUAACAAUGGCUCAUUUCCUCAGUCUAUCACCAGUGACACGGAUGCUCUAACUAUUCGUUUUAACUACUCUUUACCAACACUCACCAAACCAACAGACCCAAACAAACAGUGGUGUGAGAUCUUCCGUCCCUGUGUCCGUUUUCUCUUGGAAAUAACAGCUGCAUCUGGUCCUGAGGAAGAGUUCAGAUUCAUCAAUUCAAGUGCAUCCAAUAAUAAUGGCUAUGGUGUGAAUAUCCAGGACAUGAGAAGUAAAGUUUUCUUCAAUUCAUCUGUUGUAUCAGACAAUAAGUAUGGUGCAGGGAUACGAAUUUAUCAGGGCGCUGGUGAGAUUGCAAUAAACAAUACUGUUGUGGAGCGGAACACACGGACAGGUGUCAAUAUCACAUACUCUGGAGGUUAUCAACUUGUUAACAACUCAAAAAUCAUUGACAACAAUGGAUAUGGAAUCAUUUCUGAAUAUGAACGCCUUAACAAGACAAGAUUUGAACUUCUCCAGAAAAUAGAAAUAGUCCAUAGCCAGUUUGAAUUCAACCAAUGGAUUGCUUUACGUAUAGGAAACUAUUGUCGUGGUGGGCAAAUACUUGUGAAUGAGAGCAAUUUUGAUUUCAACUUUGAUGAGGCCAUAGAGUAUCUGUCAUGUAAUGUAUCAACAAAUAAUCCCACAAAUUUCAGUGUGGCAUUUAACAUGUUCAACGGAAAUGUACGUCAUGGAGUGUUCAUAUUUCCGAUGGUCAACACUAUAGGACGAAUGACCAACAACACAUUCAAAAACCAUAGUCUUGGAGCUGUCAGAAUAGAUAAUGGUUAUGAUCUACUCAUCAGUAAAUGGUAUUCAGAUUUUGAAGUUAGUUAUGAAAUUUUUGAAAACAUCUUUAAAGAAAAUUAUGGGCGUUAUGCUAUUAGUAUGCGCUUAACACAAAGUAGCCCUUUUCAGAACAUUGUCUUCAGUUUUAAUUCUGUUAUAGACAAUUACAUAAAUGAUACUUCAGAAUACCUCAAUCCGAGAAAUCGCGCAAAUGCUCCAAUAAUCGUAUCAUCAGGCAAUAUUUUAGUGCAGAGGAAUAGAAUCAUCAACCCUCACUCGGUGCGUGAUGUGGCAACCCAUCUUGUUGACCCAUCUGUAAUAAUUAGGGGAGAUCUGAACUGGUGGGAAACCACCAGUCAUGAAUACAUAUAUGGUAGGAUUUUUGACAAUGAUGAUCGCUACAAUUUGGCAGAAAUAGAAUAUUAUCCAGCGUUACGAGACAAAUGGCUGUAUGGACCGUUGUCUACAUCAGAGUAUCCUAAAUAUCGCUGGGUCUUCUCGCGAGGUGGACGUAUUGGUGGUGUUUUAGACACGCCUGGAUUUACAACAGAUCCACGUGUAAAAACAUACCAUGUUGAUAAGGACAUCUUCAUCCUCCCCGGAGCUACACUGACCAUCUUGCCUGGAACUACCCUGGAAUUUGAGAACUCUAUCGGAAUGGUCGUUCAUGGAAGACUAAAAGCUGAUGGUGGAUCAAAUGAACCUAUUAUUUUUCAUCUGCGAGAGACCUUGGAUGCUCUCGCUAUAGAAAACAGGACAGCAUCUGUGCGCCUUGUGGACGGUACAGAUGAGUAUGAGGGACGUCUGGAGGUGUUUUUGGAUAAUGAAUGGGGCACCGUUUGCCAUGAUGACUGGACUCCAUUGGAUUCUAGUGUCGUCUGCCAACAACUAGGCCUAACAUUUAAUCCUGUGUUCGGAGAGUCGCAACUAAAAAAUCCAGGAAUGAUUUCAUCACAGAAAAUGCACAUGAGUGGUGUAGAUUGUGACCAGCUGGAUACUGACCUCACCAAAUGUCGGUCUCUUAGAGAUGACCAGUUUAUUUGUGACCCACGCAAUGUUGUAUAUUUACGUUGUCAAGUACCAACCUGGUCAGGUGUCACUAUCCCUGCUGUGCCCACUGGAGGAAGCCAGGAGGAUACUCAGAUCCGCAAUGUUAUCAUCCAAAAUGCUGGACUUCUGGAUUAUGAGGAGAUGGAAUAUACACCAGCACUUAGGAUCGAUUACAUGUUCUAUAAGAUAACAUCUCUCCAGGUUCUGAAUUCUGCAUCUGAUGGAGUUGUGAUCAGAUACAGCAACCCACACACAGAAAACUUGUUUGAAUUCUGUAAAUUUGAUAAUAAUCUUGGCAAUGGAUUCCUGACUAGGAGUCCAUACUUAAGAAUAUUUUACACAACAAUGAAUGGUAACUUUAAAUCUGGCUUUGCCUAUGACCCUUUCUUCACCGAAUAUGAGGCUCUGAGUGUGCGUAAUUUUAUCUACAGGAACAGAAUUAUAGCUUUAACACAAACCCCAAUGUAUAAUCUUGGGGACAAUUCUAUGAUAUUCAUUACUACCUCAUCUGGGUCAGGAGAGGAGAGAAAGACAUACGACAUGGAGAUCGCUGUGACAUUUCAGUAUCGUAUCACACUUCAGGUCCUUGAUUACAAUCCUCUCACCAAUAUUGAAUCUGUUACCAUAUACGAUUCAAGCAAAUCGAGUAUCAGCGACAGCACCAAGAAGUGGGAGAUUGAGAAAGACUUGGUGGACUUUCCCAUUGUUUCUACUUCAACUCGAAUCACCAUUCGUCUUGUUGUUAAGGGAGUGAGAACAGACAGACUCACCUUUGCUGCACAUUCACGUAAGUACAGUGUGUAUCCCUCCAACUACCCACUGUCCAGCAUAUAUGUAUACAAUUCAACAAUGGCUAACAACUACCAAGGAAUCCUUACUAAACAUUACAACAACCCUUCAAACGAGAAAAGUGAGAUCUUCCAUCGUGUUAAAGAAGAGGAAAUCAAAUUUGUUUUGGUGCACGUACUGCGGAAUAAAAUGGAAGCUAUGUAUAUUCCAAGUCUUACGAAAUACCAUGAGAAUUUCUUACCAACUCCUGAGGAAAUGACACGUCCAGAACGUAUUGGGGUGAUCAGGUAUAAGAUGGAACGGACCAAGUUUUUGGACAAUGGUAAAGGUGUAGUCGGAGACCACAAUCACGUAGACUUUGCCAAUAAUGUCUGGAGAUGGAAUAUCACGGACUGUGAAUUACGAAAUACUGCUACCGGUGGAUUUGACAUUGAACUACCUCGUGUCAAUGACAUGCUGGAAAGAAAAUUUCAUUCUGUAUUUGUACAGGAAUCCAGAUUUUUGAACAAUCCACAAUUUGGAUUUUCAGUCAAUGGAUACUAUGCCAAUGUGACCAUCCUGAAUAAUGUUCUAACUGGUAAUGUAUGCCCCCGGGGUCUGAUGACCAUCGGAGGGAUGGAAAAAGAGAUCAUAUUUCGUCAAAACAGUCUGGUACAGAAUAAGGCCAAGUACAUGUUUGAGUUAAACUCGCAGAGUCAUUCCGCAUAUUCAGGUACUGUAAGUGGAAUAUUCUCUUACAAUCAGCUGCAGAAUAAUGACCCUGUUGCCAAUAGUUUUAGCUCUGAUGCUACCAACAUUCCGCAGACCUAUUCUGUUGCUCUACGAGGUGUGCAGCAGAUCAUACUCAACAGGAACCUCAUAGACAAUCCCAACCUUCAGUAUGAAUUGGUGGCUGCUAUCUCCUCGCUUUCUUUAGACACAGUGCUAGACGUCACUGAAAAUUGGUGGGGUACCCAGUACCAAAGUGCCAUCCAGAAGAGAAUAUUUGAUUUUGAUGACUGGAAUAACUAUGCUAUUGCAAAAUACUUCCCUCAGCUGACUGCUGGAGAUGUAAAGAGUCUAACAGCAACAGGCUCAGUAUUUGAACCUCCUCUUGACCUUGAAAGACUUGGAGGUAGAGUACAUUCAGAUUUGUCCCUGCCUUACAAGGGUACCCCAUACACAGUGGUUUCUGAUCUAACUGUUAUGCCUGGAGCAAAGCUUGUCAUUGAACCAGGAACUAUUAUUGAGUUUCAUCCAAAUGUUGGGAUUCUUGUUCUAGGUCAAAUAGUUGCAAGAGGUCUGCCUUUUGCUAGAAUAACAUUGCGGCCAAUUGCUUCUAAUAAUCGUGUCAGAAGGGCCAUAACAGACAGUCCUAGCACUACUGUAAGGCUACUCAGGGAUGCAGCAGGCAAAAUACCUGAAAAUGAAGGAUUUUUGGAACUUUACAAUGUCUCCUCACAGUCAUGGAACCUCAUGUGUGAUAGCCAUUUCAAUGAGAAAAUGGCAGAGGUGGUAUGUCGAAGUCAGGGUAUGGAGACUGUGAAUGUGGAUGUCCGUUUUACACAUUUGUAUGAUCAUUAUAUCCACGGCAAACCCAUGUACUUCUUGAAGGAGUUCUGGAGGUAUUCCUAUUACUGUGUUGGUGAUGAGGCUGGACUUGACAACUGUAUGAAACGUGUAAAUUAUGACAUCCAGAAGUGUAUUCAGGCAUCUAAUUAUACUUAUAUUAGGUGUGGUCACAGGAAUUUAGAAUCAGGUUAUCAAUAUUGGGGUAACAUUAGAAUCUCACCACCAACUUAUGAGGAGGAAAUUAAACCCAUUAUAAAACUUGAGGAUAGAUCAGCAUUUGAAUAUAUUGAUAUAUAUGGUGCAGGAAUGCUACACGGUGAAAAAGUCGGCGCUGUACAAGCCACCUACAACACACCAAUCAUCACUAACCUCAAUGUUACGGGCUGUCUUCUGAACGGCCUAGACAUGGUCGCGCCAAGACAUGAAGUCAAAGUACAGACACUGAACAUCUCCGGAAAUUUGGGUUACGCAGUCAACAUGCUCAUACUUAAUGGUGAGUCAAGGGACGUUGAAAUGUCAUCAUUUACUCCUCUCAAACUUAACACUGUGCCCUAUGACAUAUAUGGACUGGUGGAUAUCUGUAAGAUGGAGAAAGAGAUCACUAUUGAUAAUCGACUGAUUGUGUUUUACAAGUACUCUCAGACAGCUCUGGACUGUGUAAAGAUUGUCAGAUCUAAGAACUCUUUACGUCGAGUCUCUCUCAGGUUCCUGCAGUUCAGUAUGUACCAUGAUGAUUUUUAUCGUAACACCAUUGAAAUAUUUGAUGGAAAGACUGUAUCAGUCGACACAAGGAUGGGAGAACUGACAUACAAUAGCAGCAAGGCUGACAUCUCCAGACGUUACCUUAGUUCUGGUGAUUCUGUCUCGAUCCACAUCCAUGCCUCGCCAUCCUUUGGGGAGUACGGAUUCAUCGCCGAGGUUGUUGCCUUCCCCCUUUCUGGCUUAACCUACCCAGACAGUAGUUACAACCAUAUCCUUAAACACAUUGAAAUGAAGCAGAAUGAGGAUGGAGCCAUCUUGUACAAGAAUGUGGGUGAAGUGAAUCCAUCUCUGUAUGUAGAUCAGUGUUGGAUUGAAGGAAACGGCAUAGCCAUCUUAAACUUGACCUCCCCUCCUGUCAUAGACAUUAGUCUUCAGGAUACAAAGACCUUCAUUUUUGAACACAACUUUGUCAGUCAGAACCUAGGAGGAAUGUAUGUGGAUGCAAUAACACAGUCUGUAGCAACACAUGUCCGUGGAAAUAUCUCUAACAACGUCUUCUCUUUUGGUACACAUGGUGAGACAUUGAGGAUCACAGGCCAUCACUACCAACGUUUCCGUCUUCAUGAAAACUACAUCUUUAACAACACUGCUGGUGAUUUCAUAGACACCAUUUUCAUAGAUAAUGUAGGAGUGAAUGCCACAUUUAACGUGAUAGGAAACAACACGGCCUAUCACAUCAUAGAGGUUUUCGCUCAGGAAAACACAGAAGCUACACAAAUGUUUCUGGGAAAUAUGUGGUUUGAGAACAAUACUACUGCAAAGUAUCGCUCUGUUUUUAAAGUGGGGAGUGGUAAACCUCUCCUCAAUAACAACUACUUUGUUAACCUUGAGAGUGACUUUGAAAUGGAGGCCAACCCUAAACAUAUGAUCCAGGGAGUUGCUGACAAUGCUAUAGAGGCAACACAGAACUGGUGGGGCUCCAACAGACCCGGCUACAUCAACGGAAAGAUCUGGGAUCAAUCCGACAACAACUCCCUUGUCGCUGUCACAUUUGACCCCUACAAGGUCUCCAACCAAUCUAUUAUAGAUGGAAAAUGUGCUCCAGGAUGGAGAAUCCACGAAAACCGUUGCUAUAGAUACAUGGGAGCUGCACUCCCAUAUUACGAGGCCAUCAACUUUUGUAGAAGAGUGAAUGGAUAUCUGGCAGAGGUGAAGGAUCGUGAGAACUUUAUCAGAUAUCUGAUACGUACGACAGAGAGUGUGUACAAAGAAACCAUGCGUGUGUGGAUAUAUGCAGAGGUUGCUGCUGGUUUCUGUAGCUCGUUUGAAAAUAACUUUAUAGUAGCAGAACAGGAGUGUCAUCGCAAGUUCCUGCCAUUCGUUUGUGAGAAAGACCCAUACAUUUUACCACCUGGAACAGAAAUCCUCACCUUGGUCAUCAUCAUCUGUGCCAGCGUGUUUGGUGUAGCAAUCAUCAUCAUCGCCAUCCUCCUCAUCUUGUGGCAUGUAAAGUCUAAACAAAGAAAAGAGGAACAAUUUGAGCGCACACAGUCAAUAAGGAUGUCAAAAACCUCACUAAACAAAUCUAGAUCAACUAUAGCCAUGCUGGAUGAUAAAUAUUCCAUGUCAGGUUUGUCUUCACGAAGUAGAUACUCUGAUGAAAAAUCAAUGAUGGCAUCUGCGAUGAGUCUUACUAGUGAGAAACGAGCUCGACAUGAUAGAUCACGUGAUCAACUAGACAGUGACCGUCGUCUUGGAAACAGGGAUGACAGAUUAAACAGUAGUAACAGAAGGCUUGGCUCUAGAGAUCGUCUCAACAAUACAGCCAGACACUGGUCACAAGAUGGAUCACAGGAGGAUCAACGGUAUGGGUCUCGUGACAGGCUUAAUGAGCAACAGCGAUCUAAAUCACGUGAAAGACUUGAUGAAAAACAAAGAUCUGGUUCAAGAGAAUGUUUGAAUCGAUCAGAAGAAAGACUUGACAGAGUAUUGCUUGAUCGACAGACUCGUGCAAAUCUUCAUCGACGUGAUAACAAGAAAAAUGGCACAAUUCAGAAAAAUGGUACAGUUCCAAAAGAAAAACAAGCAGGCUCACCUCAAGAAAAGAAGCGCCUUGUUCCACCUGAUCCUGAUAACCAAGACACAGAUGUUGGUUACACAGAUGAUGGGUUUUCAGAAAAUGAGUUUGAUGAUUUUACAACUACUGCUGAUGAAGGUGGCAAGGACCCUAAUGAUACAGAUGCUGCUAGCACAGUAAUCAACUUCCGUACAACUCAGAAACCACCUCAUGUAGAAAAUGAAAUUGAUUCCCUUCACAUGAAGCCCUCUAUGAAUGACUUAUACCAGAAUCAUACAUUUAAUAGCACGCCAAGUGUUGACUUCAGUGGCGCUAAAUCACUCACCAGUUUCCAUCAACCUGAGAGUCCUGGUGACCGUCCACCUACACCACCACCUCCACUUCCUGUAGACCAUUACCCAUUGAAGUCUCGAAACCAGUCAACAGAUGACCCAGUUCCACAACCAAGGCAGAGACCUACACCACUUCCAAGAUCGUUACAAAAUAGCCGGGAAAAGAUGGAUCAUGGUAGUGGGUCUGAGAGAAGUGGACCAAUAAAUCCUGCUCUUAGAUUACAAAAUGCACCUGGCCGUCCUCCACUGCACCUGAGUAGAGAGAGUCUGAACUAUCUUGACAACCGACGUGAGUGGAUGACCGAUCAGAUGCCAGAAAAACAAGAGGACAGUGAAGAAGAAACUGAAACAGAAACAGAAUCUGAAACAGAGAGCAGUGAAGAAAGUUAUGAAGAAGAAGAAAAGUUCACUGAUAAGAAAGAUCUUCCACACCCAGUCACUUACCAUUCUGAUACCCAUGACAGGACAAACAGCCGUGCGAAUUUGUAUGAUCCUAAAACCUAUAUACCGCCUCCUUAUGAACCACCUCCUUAUGAAGCCCCGCCAUAUGGUAACCUUCCAGACAGUAGUUAUAGCCAAAGGAGUCGUAGCCGGGAGAAUAUUCCUCAAUCUUUUAGUACCGUGGAUGGCAGUGGACAGGGCUACCAUCCCCAGGACUACAGGCCAACACCUGUGGUCAAUCCUGGCAGUAUAAAUUUAGGCUUCAACAGAAGUCGUGAGAAUAUACCUGAAGCCAUGAGCAACAUGGACUAUUUAAAGGAUGUUCCCUAUGGUGGUGCUAGUAGGGAGGACCUGUAUCGGCCAGGCUUUGAUAAUUGUGCUUUCAUUGCUAGUCCCAAGCACAGCCCAACUGAGCAAAUGGGAAGUGUCAAUGAUGUUCGAGGAAGUAACAAAUAUCUUGACCAACUGUCACGAAGUCGCGAAGAUCUCCAUGGCUACUCUGGUCCAGAUAGACAGGGCAACAUGGGUAGUCGAAAUGGUGUUAGUAGGAGCAGACAGAGUUUAGAUCAUCUGUCAAGAAGUCGGGAAAACAUUCAUGGGAGUAUGUCCAGUGUUCAGAGUCACCAUCGGAGUAGAGACAAUCUAGGUGUGAUGUACUUGGACAGUGAUCGGUCACAAUCUGGAACACGUACACAGCCAAUAGAGACCGAAAUCUAGCGAGAAAACUUCAAAUCAUUUCGAAUUCUCCAUGUGUUGUAUAUUA